AAGAAACUCAAGUCUCCUACUUGAAGAGGAUACAACAGUAGCUUAAACAAAAGCGUUUUUCUUUUUUCACUUCAUUCAUCCUCUCAUCAUCUUCUUCUCCACCAGAAAGCAAAAGAGAUAAAACAGUGAUGGAGAACCUAACCCUAGUUUCUUGCUCAGCUUCUUCUCCCAACCUCUUAGUCGGAUGCAAUUUCACUUCCUCUCUUAAACCCCCACUAGGGUUUUCCCGCCGGACUCCUAAAAUUCUCCUCCGCCGCUCCAAAAUCUCCGCCUCUGCGCAAUCUCAAUCUCAGUCUCCGGAGAAAGCUGGUGAAAUUGUGGUUGUGAAACACAAAGGCAAUGCUUUUGCAAGUAUUUUUUCUUCGGGUCGUGAUAAACAGACAACCUCUGUUGCUUCCCCUACUGUAGCUGUGCCACCACCAUCAUCCUCAUCAACCAUAGGAUCACCACUUUUUUGGAUUGGUGUUGGGGUUGGGCUAUCAGCUUUGUUCUCUUGGGCAACGUCAAAUUUAAAGAAAUAUGCAAUGCAAACAGCUAUGAAGACAAUGAUGAACCAGAUGAAUACUCAAAACAGCCAGUUUAAUAAUCCUGGAUUCCCGACAGGACCUGGAGCUGGAUCAGGAUCACCUUUUCCGUUUCCAUUUCCUCCUCAAACAAGUCCUACUUCAUCUCCGUUUCAAUCUCAAUCCCAGUCUUCAGGUGCUACUGUUGAUGUGACUGCUACAAAAGUAGAUAGGCCUCCUGUGUCUAAGCCACAACCUACACCUCCUACUCCUACAAAGAAUAUAGAAGUGGAUGAGCCAAGUGUUGUUUUAGAGGAAAACAACGCGAAGAAAGAAGAAAAGAACUACGCCUUUGAAGACGUUUCCCCUGAGGAAACCGCAAAGGAGAGUCCAUUUAGCAACUAUGCAGAAGUCUCUGAAGCUAGUGCCCCCAAAGAAACUCGCUUGUUUGAGGAUGUUCUGCAGAAUGGAGCUGCUCCGGCCAAUGGUGCCACUGCUUCAGAGGUUUUUCAAUCUUUGGGAGCUGGAAAAGGAGGGCCUGGUUUAUCAGUAGAAGCUUUAGAGAAAAUGAUGGAAGAUCCAACAGUUCAAAAGAUGGUUUACCCACAUUUGCCUGAGGAGAUGAGGAACCCAGAAACUUUCAAAUGGAUGCUUAAGAAUCCUCAAUACCGUCAACAGCUUCAGGACAUGUUGAAUAAUAUGAGUGGGAGUGGUGAAUGGGACAAGAGAAUGAUGGAUACCUUAAAGAAUUUCGACCUGAAUAGCCCUGAAGUUAAGCAACAAUUCGAUCAAAUAGGACUGACUCCAGAAGAAGUCAUCUCUAAGAUUAUGGAGAAUCCUGAUGUUGCAAUGGCGUUCCAGAAUCCUAGAGUCCAAGCAGCGUUAAUGGAAUGUUCAGAGAACCCAAUGAACAUCAUGAAGUACCAAAACGACAAGGAGGUAAUGGAUGUGUUCAACAAGAUAUCACAGCUCUUCCCAGGAAUGACGGGUUGAAAAAAAAGACUUUUGGCGUUAUCUUAUUGGAUCAGAGAUUCAUGUCUUUCUUUAGCUUUGUAGGAUUGCGAAGAAACAUGUUUUUUUUGUUGUUGUUGUUAUCAAAGAUGCUUCAGUUUUGCUCAGAUCAGAGAAUAUUUAUUGUUGUGUAGUUGUAUAACCGUAUUUAUCAAUCUACAUCUCUUUAUAUCGAAA